CAAAGUAGUUCAACUGAAGGCUUUUUAGUUCAUUCGAUCAGAUUUUGCUGAACAAGCUUGUUCUUAACGAUUCAAAACAAACAAGAUGACGCACCGGCAACUGCAAUUGUUUACAUUUAGUUAAGGAAAAAUGGAAAAUAGUGAAAACGAUCCCCACACUGAAGCUGAUGGCGCCUGUUUUUCGAUGGUUGCAGGAGGCGGUGAUAGAGGCGUGGCCAGAAUGGUUAAUUCACGCAGAGCCUGGACAUACAAAAUGAAUCACAAGAAACGCGGCGUGGCGCUGAUCUUCAGUCAUAAAACAUUUGAGUCAUCACUAAAAUUGGAUUCCAGACCUACGGCCGAUGUAGAUCGUCAAAAUCUGCACCGUGCUCUGGAGCAACUGAAUUUCAAGGUCAAGCCGUUUAAUGAUUUGAGCUACAAUAGCAUACGCAAACAGAUUAAAGCUGUGGCCACGGCAGAUCAUACAGAUAAUGAUUGCAUAUUGAUUGCUAUAUUAACACAUGGCACUAACCAAUGUCUCUACGCUAGAGACACCACCUACAAGCUAGAUAGCAUAUGGCAAGAGUUUACCUCAGACAAAUGCCCCUCAUUGGCGAACAAGCCCAAGCUGUUCAUCAUUGAAGCUGAGCGUGGCAAUCGUCGGGAUGCUGGUGUACAGCUCAGACCAAGCAGAUCUAUAGAGACUGAUAGUGAUUCCAACAGCAGCUAUACGCUGCCCAUCAAUGCGGAUUUCCUCUUUGCCUACUCCACUAUGCAGGAUUAUGUUUCCUAUAGCGACAGCGUUACGGGCAGCUGGUUCAUUCAAAGCCUGUGUGCUGAGCUGGAGACCAAAGGCAAAUCCAUGGAUAUCCUACGCAUUAUGACUUAUGUGACACAACGUGUGGCGAUCUUUGAAACCUAUGAUGACCAGCAAUAGCAAAUACCCGGCAUUUUGUCUACCCUAACCCGUAUAUUGCAUUUUGGCAAUAGCAGUGAGCUUAUAAAUGUUAUUUAGUUAGCAUUUCUUAUUUGUAUUAUUUGUUAUUUACUUAAGCAACAACUUGCCGUUGGCUUGGACAUUAUACAAAGCUUUUAAUUUG